CAGCUCGCCAAAGGCGCCACAUCCACAGCUGCAGCUGCUCCAGCGGUGCUGCUCCGGCGCCCCCCCCCCGCCAUGUCUGGGGUGCAGCGCAUGAAAGUGGCCAACGAGAAGCACAGCAAGAGCAUCACGCAAAGGGGGGGCCUCCAUCGGGCCCCGACACCCCAGGAGGACAAAGCCCCCGUCGGCCCCUGGCUCUUGGCCCUUUUCGUCUUUGUGGUCUGUGGAUCAGCCAUCUUCCAGAUAAUCCAGAGCAUCCGCCUUGGAGGCUAAUGGGAUGAGGAAGCCGCCGCCACCAUUACCAACACUCAGGGAAUUGUGGGAUAUUUUCUGGGCCUCCCAGUGCCCCUCUUUUGAAAUGUUUACGGCCAUGCAAGUCUUCCUCUGCCUGCCGCCACGAACCAAACCUCUCUCCCCUUGUGCGUCCCUCCCAGCUCCGGUCCCUUGUCUGCAUCUUUUGAGCCGUGACCAUUUCUGGGAGAUGCUGGACCUAACUGGGAUGUUGCUUGUCUGUCUGCUAUCAGCGUGGGAUGGAGAAGCCUGCCCGGCGUCUGCCGUUUCCCCAUGGAACUUAAAGAAUGUAUUGUAACAAGGAGAACAGGGCAGGGGGCGGGUCAGCAUUUUGUGACUCUGCACUUGUUUUGCGGCGUUUGGGAUUAGGGGGGAGGCGCGUGCGAUUGGGGGGGUUUGUUCCAGAUCCCUUUUCCUGUCAACAUGUUGUAAACCUACAGUUCAUUGUCUCAAACCAUUCUACAGUCGAGCCGCAGAAUAAAGAAUUACCACGUUGGAAUCUUUGCCACAAA